AUGGCCCCCAAUCACCUACUCGAGGGUAAGGUAGCGCUGAUCACUGGAGCUGCCAGUGGCUUUGGGGAAGGUAUCGCAAGACUUUUUGCCGACGAAGGUGCCAAAAUUGUGGUCACAGAUAGCGGGUGGCAAAAAGUAAGACUCGGUCGCGCGACGACUGCAUUCAGCUUUAUUGACUAUUACGACAGAACUGCAGAGGAGAUUGUGGCUUCAGGCGGGAAAGCCGUUUUCGCAAAGACCGACAUCACUAGAGAAGAAGACUGGAAGAAGGCUCUAGAGAUCGCCAAAACCGAGUUCGGCACGGUGGACAUCCUCGUCAACAACGCCGGGUGGACUUACAAGAAGAAAGACACACUUACCGUUACAGAAGCUGAAUACGACCGCGUUUUUGACAUCAAUGUGAAGAGCAUCUUCCACUCCGUCAACAUCAUUCUACCACAUCUCAUUGCCCAGGGCUCGGGGAGUGUCGUCAACAUUGCAUCCUGCAUUACCUGUAAGCCGACCAACGGGCUGAUGUGGUACUCAGCCACCAAAGCCGCCGUCGAGGUCAUUACUCGUUCUCUGGCUCGGGAAUACUCUGGAAAGGGCGUCCGCUUCAAUGCCGUCUCGCCUUCUAUCAGCGAAACUCCUCUAAUGCGAGAAUUCAUCGGCGAAGAACCAUCGACCGAGUCAUUAUCUUCUGCGGCGGUUGAGGUUCCAAUCGGACGACUUUGCACACCAUUGGACAUCGCGAAGGCAGCCCUAUACUUUGCCUCAUCCUACUUCAAUGAUUUCCAAACGUAA